GUUUGCUAAACUAUGUCUCAUUAAGAACUGACUCUUAUUUUCAAGAAACGAAACAUUUUGCUUUCACGCAACUAAAUACAAGUGUACACAAGAUCUUUAGCCAUAGAGAUCAACUAUGUGAAAGUACCAAAUGCAGUAAAAAACGACAGCAAUCGAGCUGUAGUGCUAGAUUGCAACUAUUCUAUUCGACCCGACGACACAGAGCUUGUAGUACAAUGGUAUCUAAACGAGGACUUGGUUUAUCAAUGGAUUCCUCCAAAUAAGCCUCAAAGUCUCGGAUUACUAAAGGAUGGAGUCGAUUUAGCGUACAGAGCAACAGAUGAUCCUAACACGGUUUAUCGAGCAAUGAAGAUUAUGAAUCCAACAACAAAUAUUGCGGGAGAAUACAAAUGUUUGGUAUCCACUCUAGGUGAUCACGAUUCCAGAAUGAAGAACAUGAUUGUUUUCGAGCCUGAAACACAACUAACAAUAAAAAAAAGUAUGGACGAUAAAUACGUGAAUUUCACAUGUUUAGCGAAUGAUCUUUACCCGUCACCAAAGUUGCUGCUUUACAAAGGUGCGAAAAACGAUUUUCACUCUAGGAUGCGGCUCUCUAUUACCGAAUGGGAUAUAAAACGAAAUCCCGAUAAUCGCAAGUACACCAUGUUCAUUGUAGGUACUGAUAAAAUCUCUGAACUUGAUCCAGGAACCCUGAUUCAUUGCGAACUAAAAAUUCCAGGAACUGGAUAUGUGAAGCUGAAAAGUUUCCUAUAUUAUCCUCAAUCUGACCAGUUGGGUAAUGGUAAGUAUAAUUAAAGUUACAAAACUGAAACUAUAACUAUAUUAAAGUAAAACAUAUAUUGAUAAUUUAGCCAAGUAACAAUUUAUCUAUUGCAUUAGUUACUUGAGACAAUACAGGUAUAAUGAAAUUACAAUUAGUGAAAGCAUUUUUUUGUUUUGGGGGUCAUCAUUAAAUAACAACUUUUUGAAAUAUUCUACUACACUGACAAUAUAAUUUAAUGAAUUGUGUUUAUUUCAGGUUGCGGCUAUCAAAAUACCUUACAUAUUAUUUUUAAUAUAGUUCAAAGUUUUAUAAUCGCAUUACUAGAUGUUACUUUGAUAUAGAUUCCAACGUCUGACACCAAAACAUUCCUGUUCCAAAUAAAUACUAUUUCAUUUGCUCUUCGCCCAAGUACAUUUAAACAUUUUUAGCAUAACACAUAUAAUUAAAACAAUAAAUAUUAUUGUUAUAUUGAAUAAUGGAAAUAAAUCUUUACUUUCAUUGAACAACAUAACAAAACAGUAUUCAAACGAAUGUAUCGAGCAUAAUUUAGCAUACGUAAUUGGCUUUAAAAAUAAUUCGUGUUAUAAUAUAGUUAAGUGUGUAGUAGUAAGUAAGAUACCAGAUUAACAUUUGAAUUUGAACUGUUCUCUUUUUGUAAAUUAAGUCUAUCGUAAAGAGUAGAUUAAUUCCUUUUUCUAACGCCCUUUUUAAGUUAAACUAUUUAAUAACAAAUACUAUAUUAUGAGUAUA